AUGGGAUUCACUCAAGAGUAUGGCAUUGAUUAUGAUGAGACGUUUGCCCCUGUUACUCGACUUACUUCUGUAAAGAGUUUAACUGCAGUUGUUGCAACACAUCAAUGGAAAUUGUUUCAGAUGGAUGUGAAAAAUGUAUUUCUUAAUGAUGAUUUUACAAAAGAGUUUGACUUUACCUCCAAUUCCUAUGAUUCAGUUCUUUUUAUUCGAAAGUCUGAUAGAGGUUUAAAACUGCUAUUACUCUAUGUGGACGACAUGAUCAUUACUGGAGGUGAUACUUCUAGUAUCCAUGAACUCAAAAUGCACCUUAGCCAAGAAUUUGAAAUGAAAGGCUUGGGUCUACUCAAUUAUUUUUUAGGCUUUGAAGUUACGACCAGACUUGAUGGGUAUUAUUUAUCUCAAGCUAAAUAUGCAUCUGAUCUCAUUUCUCAAGUUGGAUUAACAAAUAAUAAGACCACCUCUAUGCCACUGGAGACUAAUGCCAAACUAAUCCCCACUGAUGGCACACCUCUUUCUGAUCCCACACUCUACAAAAAACUUGUUGGAAGUCUUGUAUAUCUUACUAUUACUCGUCCAGACAUUGCCCAUAUAGUUCAUAUUGUCAGUCAAUUUAUGACAGCUCCUCGCUCCAAUCAUUAUGCAACGGUCCUUCACAUUCUCCAUUAUAUCAAGGGUACUCUUUUUUAUGUACUGCACUUUGCUACUAAUUCUUUUAUACAAUUGAGUGCUUAUUCAGAUGUCGAUUGGGCUAGUGAUCCCACUGAUAGACGUUCAACAACUGGCUAUUGUUUUCUUUUGGGUAAUUCUCCUAUUUCUUGGCAUAGUAAGAAACAAAUUGUUGUUUCUCGAUCCAACACUGAGGUUGAAUGCAAAGUAAUUGCAAACACCACUACUGAACUUAUUUAG